CAAUCGUCAGGUUAUUCGUUUCAUGUUUUCAUGUUUGCGUCGUUUUCUUAAUUCUUUGUAAACAUCGUUUCAUCUACGAUUUACCAUUGUUGAAAUAUAUAUUGUACUUGCUAAGCCUUUUGAGGCAAUUUUAUAUUUGUACUUUAGACAUACUCAUCUUAAAACGUCAUAAUGAAGAGUAAAGAUGUUGUUGCUGGAGAUUCUGAAAAUGAGUUUGAAGUAGAUGAGCCUGAAGAAGUUGAUGAUCAUUCUGAUGAUGAAUGGGCACCUAGUGCUGCGGCUAAAUCACCUGGAAAACGUGGCCGACCAACCAGAGCUGUAGCAGCCAGAAAGAAAGCUAAAACCAAGAGUACUGAUGAAGAUGAUGAAGACGAAGAAGAAGUCCUUCCUAAAAAAAAAAGGGGAGCAAAACCUAAAACUACUACUCCUGCAAAACGAGGUAGGGCUGCAAAAAAAACAAAGAAGGAAGAAGAACCUGAAGAAGAAGAAGAAAUUGAAGAUGAAGAAGAAUUAGAUGAAGAUGAUGAAGAAGAAGAAGAAGAACUGAAUCAAGGACCUAAUGCUAAACCUGCAAAAGAGUUUACAUCUGGAGCAUUUGUAGUUCUAAAAACUGAUAUGAUUGGAGAUGGUAACCCUCCUGUAUGGAAAAUUGAUGGCAAAGCUUUGUUACAAAAAUAUAUUCCAUUUGAACAAGAUGGCAAAACAUUGUACAAGAAUACCUCAGUUUAUUCUGGUUGGGGAUCCAAUGUUAAAGAGCAAUAUUACUCAGCACCAGUUUCAUUUAUUCAACAAACUCGUAAAGAACAUAUUAUAGAAUUUUACAAAGAUAAAAUAGAAAAGGAUCCUGAAGUAGAAGCAGCAGCAAAAAAAGAAUUGGAAGAUGAAGAAGCAGAACUUGCUGCUGGAGAGGAAGAAGAUGAAGAGGAGGAAGAAGAAGGUGAUGAAGAAGACCAAGACGAAGCGUAAAGUAAAUCUACAUUACGUUGUAUCAUAUUUAUAUUGUGACUGGUUCCCUUUUAUUGUGUUUUAAUAUAUAUUUUUUUAAUAUCAAUAUAAUUAGUAAACAACUUUUUCAUUUUAUAUUGAUUCUUAUAAUUUGUAAAAUUUUACCUGUUCAUUUUUGCAUAAAGAUUAUUAGCACAAUUAUCAUUUAUAA